UGCAUCGUGUGCGCUCUCACACAAUAGCGGACGAUGUGAGGGCAGGAAAGACGGGAAAAAAAAAAUUACAGACGAAAAGCAAUUUUUUCGUUCAAAUUUUUUUUUCCCUUCACUUCCCGUCGUGCCGCCGCCACCGCUCGUUCAGUGUGCGUGUGCGUGUGUGUGUACGUGCGUGUGUGCUUGUGGAAAACUGCCGCCGCCGCGCUUUCGUCCGGGGGGCCCCUAUCGCAUAAGGAAACGCGACCGACGACAACUACUACUGCCGUACAACACACUACCCCGACGGACCCGCCGAACGUCGUCUCCGCUGGCAACCGUGGCACACCGAGGACGUGCUGCCCCGACGAUCACACGCCGCCGUCGUCCUGUUCAUCCGGUCCGGGCCACUACCGCACUGCCACCGACCAGCCGGACGUCCUGUCCGUCGUCGUCCAGCAGACUCCCGUCGCAGUCUUCUUCGUCGCCGUCUGCAGUCGGGUAUUUCGUUUCUGAAAUGCCACUGUCGUCGGAUCGCCUUCGCGUCCUCCGCUACGCACAACCAAAGCCGGCCUCCUCGCUCUGAUACGUACCGACGUUUUACGGUGCAGUAAGACUAUCUAUUUUAAAACUACAUAAGUACUUGUAAAAAUCAAAUUAUUUGCCAUGGCUAUGGUAACUUUCACAAACCACAAACUUUUAAUGUACGUAUAAUUCAAAAAGUAAUUAACUAUGGAUAGUAGAAGAUCAUGGAAGGGUCAACUGUCCCUGAAAGAGUCAGAACAUCGCAGGUAUUCAGAUUCAGAAGAACACAAGAGUAAAACAUCAGCAUCAAAUAAUUCAGAAUUAUCAAAUUUAGUUUUGAUGCGCAACAGUACUUUGGGGCAGUCAGCACCUUCCUUAUCAAAUAGUUUGAGAGAAUUACAUGUUACUGGAUCUGGAAGACGUUCAAAUAAGGCUAGUCAUAGAAAAAGCUUUAUAUCAAAUACAUCACCUACAUUACCAAGAUGUCAUUCUCCGAUGUCAAGUAGUCCAUUGGAAAGCCCUAAAGUAGUUCACUCUCAUCCUCAUUUUCCAUUUGUUUCAAUAAAAAGGCCGUACAAUUUACUCAAUACAGAUUGCCGCGAUGGAAGAAGGUGGUCAGUUGCUUCAUUACCAUCGUCAGGUUAUGGAACCACUUCUGGAAGUUCAAAUGUUUCAUCUCAGUGUUCCAGUCAGGAGCGUUUACACCAGCUUCCAAAUAUGCCAACAUCUGAUGAAUUACAUAUGUUUUCCAAACAUUUUUCAUCCAACGACAGUACUCAUAGUGCCGAAGAAGAUAACAUAAUUUACCGUAAACCCCGUUUCAAUCGUCCACGUUCAAGAAGCUUAAGCAGUCCGAGCAGAUCGCCCGUGCUUGAUAAUGAUAUUGUUAUGAUGAAUGUGCUUUAUAAAGAUAGGUUUCCCAAGGCUACUCAUCAGAUGGAAGAACGUUUAAGCAUGUUUAUAAAUGAAUACGAAAAACUUAAUUUAGAACACAUAGAAAUAUCAGCAGAUGCUGUACCUAUUGUUAGAUUUGUUAAUCAUCAAGUGUUGGAAAUAGCUAGAGAUUGCUUAAAAAAGUCUGAAGAAAAAUUAAUAACACGAGGUUAUUUUUAUGAGAUGUCAGAAAAUUUGGAGUUGUUGUUGGCUGAGGCGAGAGAAAAGUCGGAAGAAGCCACUGCACUUCUGACAGGAACAAUGAAAAAAUUGUUAUUAAUAAUAUCCAGACCAGCUAGGUUACUUGAAUGCUUAGAAUUCGAUCCUGAAGAAUUCUAUCAUUUACUAGAACAAGCUGAAGGUCAAGCUAAAAUCUGCCAAGGCAUUAAGGAUGAAAUACCACAAUAUAUAAUAGGAAAAUUAGGCUUAAAUCGUAAUUCUGUUGAUGAUAUUGAUGUAAACUUUCAUAAAUUAGAUGAAUAUUCUUCAUCUUUAAUGAAAAAAACUCAACAACAAAGUACCAAAAAAGAUACAUUUUCUUCAGCACCUUCAGAAGUUGAUUUUGAUGUAAUUAAAUUGAUCUCUAAUGGUGCAUAUGGCGCUGUGUAUCUUGUAAGACAUAAACAAACUCGUCAACGAUUUGCAAUGAAGAAAAUCGUCAAAAAUAAUUUAAUGUUGCGUAAUCAAAUUGAACAAGUAUUCGCUGAACGAGAUAUCAUGAGUUUUACUGACAAUCCAUUUGUGGUCACCAUGUACUGCAGUUUUGAAACAAGGAAACAUCUUUGUCUUGUAAUGGAAUAUGUUGAAGGAGGUGAUUGUGCAUCACUUUUAAAAAAUAUUGGCCCUUUACCACCAGAUAUGGCAAAAUUUUAUUUUGCUGAAACUGUACUUGCCGUUGAAUAUCUUCAUAAUUAUGGCAUAGUACAUCGUGACUUAAAACCUGACAAUCUUUUAAUUACUGCAUUAGGCCACAUAAAAUUGACUGAUUUUGGAUUAAGUAAAAUGGGUUUGAUGUCAUUGGCAACUAAUUUGUAUGAAGUACAUGUAGAUAGAGAUACCCGUCAAUUUUCUGACAAACAAGUUUUUGGUACACCUGAGUAUAUAGCUCCAGAAGUGAUCUUAAGACAAGGUUAUGGUAAACCAGUAGAUUGGUGGUCUAUGGGAAUAAUAUUGUAUGAAUUUUUGGUAGGGUGUGUACCAUUUUUUGGUGAAACACCUGAAGAACUCUUUGCCCAUACUGUAAAUGAUGAUAUUGAAUGGCCAGAUGAAAAUGAAUGGCCAAUUCAGCCAGAGGCCAAAAACAUAAUUUCAUCAUUACUGCAACAAAAUCCUAGGGAUCGAUUAGGUACUGGUGGAUCACAUGAAGUAAAAGAUCAUCCUUAUUUCUAUGGGGUUGAUUGGAACUCAUUAUUGAGACAAAAAGCUGAAUUUAUGCCACAAUUAGGCAAUGAAGAAGAUACUAGUUAUUUUGAUUCUAGAAGUGAUCGUUAUAGCCAUGAAAUUGAUGAGGACACAGAUGAUGACUCGUUGAUUUUGGGUACAUUUUCAUCUUGUUCACCACAGUUCAAAAAAGUAGCAAGUAAAUUGUCAAUGAGUAAUGAAUAUCCAUCAUUAUCUCCUUCAAUAAACUAUAAAGAUGAUUCUUUAUCUAUUAAUACUGGAAUGUUUGACACAUCAGCGUCAGAAGGAGAAACAGUUGAUGAAAGUUUAAAAUCACCUGUAGCUAAGAAAACAUCACUUGACAAGUCACAAAAUGAAGACAAUGAUAAUACUCAAAUCAGUCGUAGGCGACGCUUAUAUAGUAAAGAAAGUAUACCGAAAUUCUCAAUUUCGAUUGAAGAUGACAGAUCUCCGCAAUUAAGGAGUUUAUCAGAAAAUGAGUCUGAUGAUCCUUCAUCAGAAAAAAAAGAGGAAUUCCUAAGUUUACCUGUGACUACUAAUUUAUGUCCCACUUUACCACCUUCACCAAGUACUUCAAGCAUGGUAAAAAAUCACAAAAACAAUUCUCUUGGUGGUCAACGGGCAAGAUCUGUCAUCAAGAGUUUUUCAGCCACCGGAUUGUCUCUGAUGAUACCUCCUGAAUCUAGUAACAAUGGAUUGCAAAUGAAGUCUCCAGGAUCGUGUAGUGCAUUAAACUCGCCCUGUCGCGAUGCACCUUUAAUCACCAGCUUGAAGCCACCAAUUAUAUUGCGCAGAGGCCCCUCCGGCUUUGGGUUUACAGUUAAUACUAUUCGUGUAUACUAUGGCGAUAGUGAUUUCUACACUAUGCACCAUUUAGUAAUGGCUGUGGAUUCCGGAAGUCCGGCGUUCGAAGCUGGUCUGAGUCCCGGCGACUUGAUUACGCACGUCAACGGAGAACAAGUCCAAGGGAUGAACCACACUCAAGUGUUACAACUCCUGUUGUCCGGCGGCGACAAAGCCACCUUGCGGUCCACGCCGCUUGAGUUCACGACCAUCAAGACUGGCGGACGUCGUCGGGAACCCGGCCAGAGCAAGUUGGCAUCUAACUCCAGGCACAGAGGCCUCGGGUUCGCGCACCACUCGCACCGGCACAAGAGGUCGCAGCGCAAGGACAUACCGGCCGGCGAGAGCAGACGUCGGCAAAAGUCGUCGCUGUUCCGGCGGAUCAGCACCAAGUGCACGCCCGACUAUCAGCAGCUGACCAUCAUCGGAAACCGAUCGCCCGUAGCGGCACAAGACGCGGUGGCGACGGUCGCGGUGGCGGCGUCGUCGACGUCCGCGGACUACUCGUCGUCGACCAGCUCGUCGAGCUCGUCGGCCAACUCGUCGCCGACGGUGACGCCCAACUCUCCCACGCCGUACCAGCGGCCGUCGACGCUGCACGGGCUCAAGCACAAGCUGCACUCGGCCACCAAAAACCUGCACUCGCCGAACCGGCGCAAGUCCGUCGGCCACAUCCCGCUGUCGCCGCUGGCCCGGACCCCGUCGCCGUCGCCGCUGCCGCAGUCGCCCACCCGGUCGCCCAGUCCGCUGACGUUCUCGUCCGGCCACCAGCCCGGCAGCUCCAACACCACGCAGUCGUACAGCCCGUCGUCGCUGUCGUCGUCCAACCCGGCGGCGGCGAACGCGACCGGGUGCGCGGCCUCGUCGGGUUCCGGUGCGGCGGCCGGCGGCGGCCCGUCCGGCUGCGGCGGUGUCGGCGGCGGCGGCGCUGUGGUGGUCGUCAAGAAGACGGCCGGUUCGUCGUUCGGCCGGCCGUGCAAGACGUCGGAACCGGGGUCGCCCCUGUUGCGCCGCGCCCUGUCGCCCGACCGGUUGCACCCGCGCACCGCCGAGACCAAGUCCAAUUCCAUUUCGCCGCUGUGCGAUCCCGCGCUCAAGGUGACCACGCACCACGCGCCCCGCGUCACCGUCACCACCAAGUCGCCGCCGAUGUGCGUCCGCGGGCCCGGCGUCGCGGCCGCCAACUCGCCGCUGUCCAAGACGUGCACCACCACGACGACGACGACGACGACGACGAAAAUAUUGCACGACGACCGCGACGGGCAGAGAGCGAUCGCCGUCGUCCCGGCGACGACCGGUAAAAACGAACAACCGCCGCCGCCGUCGUCGUCGCAAGUCGGCAAAAUGUUCGCGGCCGACGUCGUCGUGGUCGGUCACGCGUCGUUGCCUCGCAUAGCCGAAGAAAGAGAUCAUCUGCAGCAACAGCAACAGCAGCAGCAGCAGCAGCAGAAUAAUAUCAACCACAACAACCACCAUCAGCCGACCGCCGUGGUGGUGGCGGUCGUCGAGAGGGCGAAACCCGCGAAGUCGGCUAACGGCGGCUGCCGAUAUUUCUUCAACAGGAAAUACAAACAGCACAGGGAACAGCAGCAGCAACAGCAGCCGCCUCAGCCGCAGACGCCGUCUUGUUGUAAGCCCGACGAGGUGGCGUCGGCGCCGCCCGCCGCGCCGUCCACACCACAUCAACCUUGAGGAGGAGCGCCGAAGACGGCCGACGCGCGACGACGACGACGACUACUUGUUGCCGGUCGACAGACCGAGCGUUUUUUCCGCCCACGACCAUAACGCGUUCAUUAUUACUCGGGGGCUCGAGCCCUCGACUCUCAGCGCCCACCUUCCCCCCCCCGCGCCCAUCGGGCUUUUACGAUAAUAAUAUUAUUAUUACUAUCGUUCGCAUAACAUUAUUAUUAUGUUCUAUAGACGAGGUGAAAACUGUAGGUACGUUUUGUUUUGUUUUGUUUUUUUUUUUUUUUUAUACACAAUUUAUAUGUUUAUUGUGUUGUGUACGUUUUAAAAUAACCACUUGUCUCCGCGCCGCCGCUUUCGUUCGCGCCUCCGUAUUGUAGACCGCGUAAAUGUCGCGGUAACGUACGCGCGUGGAUAGAUAUUAUUAUAAUACUCGUAAUGUUAUAUAUAUAUAUAGUAAUAACCACUGUCUUAUCAAUUAUAAUAUUAUAUUUACGUAUUUACGUUCGCCGGUAAAUAUUAUUGUGAUCACAGUUUGCGACCAAUCCGAAACGAUUAAAAUGCACCUAUAUUAUAUCUGUUUACUAUAUACUGCAACGAUGCUCUGUAUUUCACUAUUGUUUGGGAACGAUUUUAACGAUAAUUUCAGUUUCGUCGUUUUCUUAUUCCUUUCGAUUUUUUAUCACGGUCGAAUUCGUUUUAUACGACCAGCGCGCGUUUCUAUAUUGAUGCUUAUAGUCGAGUGGUUGUGCGAAAGCCAUCCGAGUUCGUUUAUCGCGUACAACAUGUUAAUUAUAGGUAUUUAUACUACCUAUGCAGUGCGUGUGUGUGUGUGUGUGUGUGUGUGUUAGUUUGUGUUAGAGGUUAUGGAUCGCGCGUGUAUGUGUGUAAUAUUAUUGAAUUUAAUAAACGCGACACGCUAUACUCGAUUAGCAUUAGUGAAAACUUUACACUGAUUGAGAAUUCGGUAUUACUCGUGUUAGAGUUAUUUAUUUGUGAUAUUUUGUGAUAGACAUAUACAGUACCCAAAUAAUUUUUGUCGUUAGUAAUUUUUGGUCAUUAAUAACAUUAAGUAAUUAGGUUAGCCAAGUAGGUAUGUAGUUUUCAAACACGUCAUAAAAAUCCAUUCAAUUUUAUUAUUCAUAACAUAUUACUUUAUUUAUUAUACAACGAUAUAACGUAGGUUUAUAUGUAUAUGUAUUGUAUAAUAUACAUAUAAUAACCUAUAUUUAGUUUGUAAUCUUUUUCUUUUAUUUUUGUCAUUAAAAUAAUUUAACAAUCAAACUUUUUUUAGUAUUCCAUUGGUAAAAAUCAUUCAAGGUGAUAGUUAUAAGUAUAAGUCAGGUUUAUUAAUUUUUUUCCAUAUUACGUACAUUGUACUUGAAAUGUAUUCUGAUGAAAUAAAAAAAUUGUAAUCGUUUUAAAAGACUGGAGAUUCAUUAAUCAUAUUUGUAUAAAUUAUACAUUGCAUUCUAUGAGCAGAAUAUUUAAUACUGUUUUUAAUAUAAUAUUUAUCUGUAUUUCGUCAUCUUGUAUGUAAAACGAUUUUAUUUAGUAUCGUUCUAAACGGUUUUAUAUUUAUCAAUAAUAUGUUUUUAAUAUAUUUAAUCAAUUUUUCUAUUAAAUAAGUAAUAAGGUAUAUUAGGAAAUAAUUUGUAAUAAGAGUGCCAAUCGCGAAUUUAGAUAACUUUAUUGCAAUAAGCCAAUCAAUUUAUUGUUCAAUGAGUGUGUACAUUUUUUUUUUUAAUUUUUUUUUUUUUUUUUAGUUUGUCAAUUUUAGUUUUUAUUUUAAGGCUAAUUAAUAAGCCAAAAUCUUGUUAUGUUCUGUUAUGAUACGUCGUCAACGAAAAAUGUUCGAAAGCACACGACGGGCAACACUCGUUUCGAUAUUAAACUCGUCACAUUUUUCUUACGCGGUUUGUUAUAUAAAUUUUAGUUUUUCAAUUCAUAUUUUAUUUAUGCUUUUUUCCUAUCGUGUGUCUACCCAAAAUUGUCGUUGAAGUAUAACAUUAUUGUGGCCGUGUUAUUAUAUUAUAUUAUCAUCGUUUUUUCGUGCGUUUCGCGACGCCGUCGAAGCUCAAAAGGUAAUUGUUAAAAAACAAAUACCAAAAACAUUAUUUAUUUAUUAACUUUAAUUAUUAUUGAUAAUCGUUUGCGCGUUGACGGUGCACACAUCGCGUGUACCGUCACAUAGUAUAAUAACAUAGGUGCAAUAAUGUUAUACGUUAUACGAUUAUUCGGCUGUCCCCUGUCACAGCUAGUUCUUGUUUUUUAUUAUGUUUAUUUUCUUCUUUGACUUUACGUUUUGCCUUGUUAUUACCUAUUACUAUAUUAUAUAUUAUGUUUAUUAUAUAUUUUGCGAAUGCAAUUUAUCAUUCAGGUGUACACGUUUAUUACAAUUUUGCGUAUAUUUGUAAUAGUAGUAAUAAUAAUAAUUAAUUAUAACAUCAUCGCCGUGUUCAAUAGGGUUGAACUUUCCGUCGCGUUCACCGUCCACCGUUGGUGUCGAUUUUGUCGUACAUAUCGAACGCGAAAUUAUGAAAAUCACGGUCUGGUGGAUUUUCUUUUUUUUCAUUCUCCGAGUACACGAAACCGCAGACUUAGAGCGCUUAUCCACGAGGACCGCGUUUGUUUUUCUAGAUGUGCAUAGUACGCGCGUUCGCAUCCCAAAAACGCCCCGUUUGAUUAUUUUAAUUAAUUUAUUAUUAUUAUUUUUAAGGUAAUGUGUCGGUUUUCCUUUUUAGAUAGGUACGUCGUAAUCGUUAUUUUAUAAUUAUUAUUAUUAUUAAUAUUAUUUUAUUUUUAACAUUUUUAAUGUACAAAAUAGUCGAUAAAAUGUAUCUAAUCAAUAAACUUAUUUUUUUU